AUGGGAAAUAGCAAGAGCUGCACACUAUCCAAGGAGCUGCUGGAUGACCUGAAGCUCAACACCAAAUACAGUGAGGAGGAGCUGUGUGCCUGGUACCACACUUUCCUGAAGGAGUGUCCCAGCGGCAGAAUCAGCAAGGAGCAGUUUGAAAGUAUCUAUGCCAGCUUCUUCCCAGAUGCUGAUCCUAAAGCCUAUGCACAGCACGUCUUCAGGAGCUUUGAUUCCAACAGUGACGGCACCCUGGACUUCAAGGAGUACAUAGUGGCACUGCACCUCACUUCAUCUGGGAAGACAAUGCAAAAGCUGGAGUGGGCCUUUGCUCUGUAUGAUGUUGACAGAAAUGGCAUCAUCAGCAAAAAUGAGAUCCAGGAAAUUGUCAAGUCAAUUUUCAAUAUGAUCUCCAAUGAAGAUCAAAAGCACCUUCCUGAUGAUGAAAAUACACCAGAAAAGAGAGCAGAUAAAAUCUGGGACUUCUUUGGAAAAAAAGACAAUGAUAAGAUAACUGAAGGGGAGUUUAUUCAGGGAGUCAUGGGCAACAAGGACAUUCUCAGAUUGAUUCAGUUUGACAAGCCCCAGAAAGUUCAAGAGAGACUAAAGGAGAAGAAGCAAUAA